CAAAUUAAAUAUAUAAUAAAAAAUAUGAUUAAUACGACAUUAAUUUCUUAUAAUUGUAAGAACGUUAAGAGAUCUAUAGAUGGGAUUAGACAACUGUGCAAGUUUGGAGAUAUCAUAGCGCUUCAGGAGACCUGGUUACUGAAAUCGGAUCUUGGGUUCCUGACGACUGUUUGCGACGACUUCGGGUGCACCGGGACGUCCGCCGUCGACGCAGCCGCCGGAAUACUGCGAGGGAGGCCUCAUGGAGGAGUGGCGCUGCUUUGGCGGAAGUCGGUAUUCCAAUGCGUGUCUGUGAUACCUUGUGCUAGUCCCCGAAUUGUGGCAAUUCGUGCUACAACCAGUGAUAAACCUAUUUUGGUUAUUAGUGUCUAUAUGCCAACUGAUACGAUGGAAAAUAUGUUAGAAUUUACCGAUUGUUUGAGUUCUAUUAGUGCCAUUAUAGACGAUAGUGACGCUGAAUCAGUAUUUAUUCUCGGAGACUUCAAUGCACACCCUGGAGAGCGGUUUCACAAUGAGCUCGUAAACUUUGCCGUGGAGCAGGACUGGGUGUGUGCCGACUUAGACAUAUUGGGGUCUUCGGGGGCAUUUACUUUUGUGAGCGAGGCGCACGGCUGCAGACGAUGGCUUGAUCACUGUAUCGUUACGAAAGCUGCAUUACCAUGUGUCACUGAUGUCUAUGUUAAGUAUGAUGUCCUCUGGUCUGACCAUUUUCCGCUCAUAGUUAAGUGCAACUUGAAUUUAGUAACUAAGAAAAAGAAUGUUAGUAACUUAGAGCUUGAUAAAGUAAAAUGGGGAGAGAGAAACGAUUACCAAGUAAGUGAAUAUCUUAAAAUAUGUAGUUCGAAAUUAAAAGAGAUUGAUUUUCCAGUUCAGUGUCAAGAUUGCUGUGGGAGUUACUGUGGCAAUGUGUCCCAUAGGCAGUUAAUCGACAAACUUUAUAAGGAGACCAUAGAGGUCCUAUGUCAUGCUGCCGCAGUGACGCACAUAGCGAAAAAGAGUGUGGGGAGGCGCCGGUUGGCUGGCUGGAACAAGCACGUGAGCGAGGCUCACGGGUACGCGAAGCUUAAACUAGCAACAUGGGAGUGGCACGGGAAACCGCACACAGGCUCGGUGUACACUGAAAUGAUAGAGGCUCGUAAAGUUUUUAAAGGAAGGCUGAAGUGGUGUCAGAAGUGUCAGAACCACCAGGACCAAAUCAAAAUGGACCGAUUGGCGUCUCAUCACUCUGGCGGUGACUUUGCGAGCUUCUGGAAAGCUACAAACAAACUAAACCCUAAAGGCGGCGUACCUGUGAGUGUUGAUGGUAUUUCCAAUCCCAGGGAAAUAGCAAACUUGUUCAAGGACAAAUUUACAUUUAGUUCUCCCUUGGGUCCCGCGUGUAGGGCUUUCGGGGCUGAGUCGCAGAAAGGUGAGUUGUCUGUUUUUAUCUAUGCUAAAGAUAUUUCUAAAGUGAUUAAAAACAUGACAAAAGGUAAGUCACCUGGACGCGACGGUUUAAGCAUCGAACACCUGAGGCACGCGGGCCCUCAUCUACCUCGUGUGCUGUCUCUGCUGCUCAACCUGUGCCUUAGCCACUCCUAUCUGCCGCCUGAGUUGUUGGAGACUUUGGUGGUGCCCGUUAUUAAGAACCGGACAGGUGAUGCUUCGGAUGGGUCCAAUUACAGGCCUAUCUCCCUGGCUACGAUUGUGGCUAAGGUGUUUGACAGUGUGCUUAAUUCAUAUUUGAGAACCUAUAUCAAACUGCAUGACAGUCAGUUCGGAUUUCGACCUGGGCUGUCAACAGAAGCAGCAAUCCUUGGCUUAAAGCACACUGUCAAAUACUACACAGAUAGAAAGACGCCGAUAUACGCCUGUUUUUUGGACCUGUCCAAAGCUUUCGAUCUCGUCUCUUACGACAUCUUGUGGCAGAAAUUACAGAAGUCGAGGCUACCACCAGAGUUCAUUCACCUUUUGAGACAUUGGUAUCUCAAUCAAGAAAACCGUGUGAGGUGGGCGGGCGAGCUUACGGAACCGUAUAGGCUCGAAUGUGGCGUACGACAAGGUGGGUUAAGUUCACCAAUAUUAUUUAACUUAUAUGUGGACGCGCUGAUCGAGCGGCUUAGCAGCACUCAUGUCGGCUGCCAUGUUGAUGGCGUAUGCCUAAACAACAUCAGUUACGCAGACGACAUGGUGCUGCUGGCGCCGUCGAUUGGCGCGCUCCGCAAACUUGUCUACAUAUGCGAGUCCUAUGCUUCCUCACACGGUUUGAUUUACAAUGGUAAAAAGAGCGAGGUAAUGGUUUUUAAGGCCGGUAGCAAAUGUCCCGCACAUGUGCCCCCAGUUCGACUCAAUGGGACCGCUCUCGAGAGAGUCAGCAGCCUUUGGGUCAGCUAUACCCAGAAAGCCUAUAAUGCUCUGCGAGUGGUGUACAACAACGCCUUUAGAGUGCUGGUUGGGCUGCCUAGGUUCUGCAGCGCUUCCGCCAUGUUUGCGGAGGCGCGAACUGAUGCGUUUGCAGCAGUCAUGCGCAAGAAAGCGGCCUCAUUACUGCCGUCCCACUCCUCCAGCAAGGCUCCCUUCAGCUCCUCAACAUUGGCCGGGGCAGGAUUCCGCUUCCGAAUCCUCCUUUUCAGGUAG